CCCGCGGGUGCGCAAGGGAGAGGAAGGCAGCGCGUCGUCUCCUUCAUUAACGCCACAAAUGUCAAAUACAACGAGAUAACUAGUCGCCGAAAAGAAAGCAUGGAGGAGUUACUUUCAUUGAAGUGGAACAACCACCGUUCCACUUUCCUCCACAUUUUGGGAGUUCUCAGGGACAAGCAAUCAUACACGGAUGUGACUCUGGCAUGUGAUGGCAAGUUCUACAGUGUGCAUAAGCUGGUGUUGUCAACAUGUAGUGACUAUUUCUGUGCCAUGUUUGAGAAGACUGCUUGUAAAAGCCCUGUUAUAGUGUUAAAAGAUAUUAAAUGUGAGGACCUUGAGGCCUUGCUAGACUAUAUGUACCUUGGUGAAGUGAAUGUAAGGCAAAGUGACCUAGCGUCUUUGAUAAAGGCUGCCGAAAAUUUACGCAUCAAGGGUCUCGCAGUACCUGAUGAUGAACCUUCUAAUAAAGUUCCGGCGACGUCUGCACCAAACAGAGCCGAGCCGGCGAGGAGAGAAGGAGGGAUUGGUAGCCCUCCUGCCAAGCGGAAAAGAAGAGACGAGGGUGAAGACGGCAGGGAAGAUGUAAGACCGCAGGCCAGUGGUGGCUUACAAACCCCCCCUCCUCCUCCGUCUAGACCAAAGAGCCCUAUCGCCCAGCGCCUGAGCCCUUCCCCCCACAGAACCUCUCAGGAAUCCCCUGCAACAGAUGAUCGUGUCAGCCGUCCCCUCUCGUCGCCAGCAGAAAACCCUGCCUCGUCUCAUGUCACGGCACAAUCUUCCGCACACACCACUGCGUCGCAAGCGCAAGCCAGUAGUCAGUUUAGAUCAGAAGAGACUCCCUCCUUUGUCAAAGUGGAAAUGGAGGAAGAAAGUGCCAACGAGAUGCCUGGAGAUUCCUACGACCUCAGCGCGGACGGUUACAAGGAAGAAGGCGACGAUUCCGGAAGUGGAGUGAAUAACGAUUUACCCGAGUUCCUACAAGCAGCAGCCACUGGAGCCUUAGCUGGUAGCACAGCCUCGUACCCUCACCCUUCCUUUGCCGGGCCCUCUGGCUACCAGCCGGGAGACCUGGCGGGCUGGCAGGGUGAUGGAUCGUCCAUAGGCUUCCCUGCACAUCUUAACUUUAGCACCUCAGACAGUUCUAGUCAACAGAAUGCACCCGGGGAUUCGGAGGACGGAGUGGAUCGCUGUGCCCUUUGCGGCAAAGAGUUCACGGGGAAGAACAGGCGAAAUAACCUGGUCCGCCACGUGAAGACCCACACGGGGGAGAAACCAUUCUCGUGUCCCUGUUGCCCCUACCGUGCAUCGCGCAAGGAGCACAUGAUCCGACACUUAAAGAAGGGAUCCUGCGUCUACCACCGAUUUCGAGUCGGGGAGGAGGGGGCCGAGGGGUCCAAAGAGGACGCUGGGGUCAAGGCGGUCGUCGGCAUGUACCUGGCGCAGCUCUCCGCCCAGCCCGGCGCGCAGCCCAGCCGCCCGCCCGAGACCGAGCCGGAUGUUGCUAGUUCAUAAUUCAACAAAAGACUUCUUUCAAUCUUUUUUUUUUAAACUUUUUUAUUUAUUGUAUUGAAUAUCAUACUCCUUUGCUGCUGCUGUGCACGCAAGAAUUUCUUUUACAUAGUCAAGUAAUGUUGAGGCUUCCUACAUAAAGAUGUUCUUAAUUUUUUACAUAUAAGUACUGAUACGCUCUCCCUUUUUAAUUUGGAAAUAUGUAUAGUAUUUUUAAUGUUAAAACAAAAGUGAUUGUCACUGGGAAAUGUCAUGUAAAUAAGCUUAAGUGAUAAGCAUUCCUGAUUGUUGUUCUCCUCUCGCAUUAUGAUAACAUUCCUGAAGAACAAACAGGUGACUUUUUAAUGGAUCUGUAAUGGAGAGGCAAAGGAAUUUUGUAUUUUCCAAAAAUCAUGCUGAUGAUAAAACUAUUUAUGUAAUUGUGAGGUCGUGAUAUAUAUAUAUCAAAACAACCGCUUUAGUUUUUUUCCUUAUAGUAAGCCGUUUGUGUAGCUUUUUUGGGACAAUAAAGAAUUACAUUUGUAUAUCGAC